AUGGGGCGACUUUUGAUAGCUGCCAUUCUUUUUGCCAUGUUGAGCCAGAUUUUGUGUUCUGGUAUGUUUGAACUGAAGUUGCAAGAGUUCCUUAACAAGAAAGGAGUAACAGGCAACGGAAACUGCUGUAAAGGAGAAUCAGCGUCGGGAAUUCAACAGUGCGAAUGCAAAACGUUUUUUAGGAUUUGUCUCAAGCAUUAUCAGACUAAUGUAUCCCCGGAUCCUCCGUGUACGUAUGGAGGAGCUGUUACUCCUGUCGUCGGAUCAAACUCCUUUCAAGUCCCUGACAGUGUAUCAGACAGCACCUUCACCAAUCCUAUUCGUUUCCCGUUUGGAUUUACAUGGCCGGGUACAUUUUCUCUGAUCAUUGAGGCACUGCAUACAGAAUCCACUGAGGACUUAUCAACAGAAAACCCAGAGCGUCUGAUCAGUCGCAUGACAACUCAGAGACACCUGACUGUGGGAGAGGAAUGGUCUCAGGAUCUACAGGUGUCAGGAAGAACCGAGCUGAAGUACUCGUACAGAUUUGUGUGUGAUGAGCAUUACUACGGAGAGGGCUGCUCGGUCUUCUGUCGCCCUCGAGACGACGCCUUCGGCCACUUUACAUGCGGAGAGCGGGGAGAAAUUAUCUGUAACUCUGGAUGGAAAGGCCAAUACUGUACAGAACCAAUCUGUAUGCCUGGGUGCGACGAGGAACACGGAUUUUGUGACAAGCCAGGUGAAUGCAAAUGCAGAGUUGGCUUCAGUGGAAAGUACUGCGAUGACUGUAUCCGCUAUCCAGGCUGCUUACACGGUACCUGUCAGCAGCCUUGGCAGUGCAACUGUCAAGAGGGCUGGGGUGGUCUCUUUUGCAACCAAGAUCUUAAUUACUGCACACACCAUAAGCCAUGCCAGAAUGGAGCCACUUGCACUAACACUGGCCAAGGCAGCUACACAUGCACCUGCAGACCUGGUUUCACUGGGGCAAGCUGUGAAACUGAAGUUAAUGAAUGCUCUGAAAGCCCCUGCAGGAAUGGAGGAAGCUGUUCUGAUCUCGAAAACACCUAUACCUGUGCCUGUCCUCCUGGUUUUUAUGGAAGAAACUGUGAGCUGAGUGCUAUGACUUGUGCUGAUGGCCCUUGUUUCAACGGUGGACGGUGUUUGGACAAUCCUGAAGGAGGUUAUUUUUGUCAGUGCCCCAUAGGUUAUGCUGGCUUAAACUGUGAAAAGAAGAUUGAUCACUGCAGUUCCAACCCCUGUUUAAAUGGUGCCCAGUGUCUAGACCUUGUGGAUUCCUAUCUUUGCCAAUGUCCAGAGGGUUUUACAGGAGCACACUGUGAUGACAACAUUAAUGAAUGUGCAAGCUUUCCAUGUCAGAAUGGUGGCACAUGCCAGGAUGGACUCAACGACUACAGGUGUACCUGUUCUCCAGGCUACACUGGCAAGAACUGCAGCGUGGCGGUCAACAAGUGUGCGCAUAACCCAUGUCACAACGGGGCUACUUGCCAUGAAAGAGACAAUCGCUAUGUGUGUGCCUGCAUUCCUGGAUAUGGUGGACGUAACUGCCAGUUCUUGCUCCCUGAACAUACUCAAGGACAGCCUGUGAUAGAAGGAGCUGAUAAAAUUUACUCUGAUGAUGAAGAGGAGAAUGUAUUUCCUUGGACAGCGGUCUGCGCAGGGAUUAUUCUAGUGCUUUUGCUCCUGCUUGGCUGUGCUGUUUUGAUUGUGUUUAUUCAUAUAAAACUGCAGCAGAGAAGACAACAAGCUGAUAGUUACAAUGAAAAUGAGACCAUGAACAACCUGACCAACAACCGCAGCCGUGAAAAGGACCUGACCGUCAGCAUUAUAGGCACCACUCAGGUCAAGAACACCAACAAGAAGGUGGACUAUCAGAGUGACACAGCCGGUGUAGAAAAGAAAGGCUACAAGUCUCGCUAUUCAGUGGAUUAUAAUCUUGUUCAUGAGUUGAAGCAGGAGGAUCUGGGAAAAGAGGACUUGGAAAGUCAAGACGCAAAAUGUGAGGCAUUUGACUCUGACUCAGAAGAAAAGCACAGAAAACAUUUAAAAAGGUAA